UUUGGCAAAUGGAUUUGAGAAACAUGUUGGCAUCAAGACUGACCUUGUGACGGCAAACCCAAGUAUCUUCUUCCACAAGUGAAGAAAAAAAAGAAUCUUUGUCCCCUCAAAUACAUAAUAUUCUUUUAGUUGCUUUACAUCAGCUCUUUAUUUACAGGUACGGGGCUCUGAUGGGACGCCGACGUCCAUUUGUGGAGAGUCUGCGUAACUAUGGAAACUCCCUGCUGCUUGUUCAUGCCUUUUCCUUCAGCGUCUACACUGCUGCAUCUCUGCGGGCCAUCGACGCCAUCAGUGACUCUGAGAGCCCCAUCCGACCAGUCUUCUUAAACCCAGAGUACCUCAACAGUCUGUUCCUGUUCUGGCGCUCUCGGGGCCUGAGGGAAACUAGACUCAGCACCGGCCUCAUCGUGGCCAGUCUGGCUCUGGAGCUCUGCAGCAACGUUCAUCUGUACGGAUUCUGGCCCUUCAGUUACCACCCACGUGACCUCCACCCCCUGACCAACCACUACUACGACAACGUGCAAACUAAAACGCAGUUCCGUGCCAUGUCGGCUGAGUUUGACCUCCUGAUGAGAUUGCACAAUCAGGGCGUCCUCAGGCUUCACCUGGGAGACUGCCGAACAGGUGGAAAGUAGUUCCCAGGGACAAACACCACAGCAGCAAAGUGCCUUCUUUCGCCUCAGGAUGAAACCAGUCACUCAGAUAUUUCAAAUAAAUAAACUGAUUUAUUUCAGCUGAUGGGAGGGAUCAAGUUUGUCCACCUGGUUGCCUAUCACCAGCCAAGACGUUUGCAGUGAAACCUAAAUGCAACAACUAUAAGACUGUCUGUAGUCUAGUGUAUCUACAACUCUAUUACCACAAAUGUUUGGACUGCAGUCUGGAGGAAAUUAUUUAGAUUUUACUGGGAUGCCUUGUAUACAUCGUAGUGCCUUAUGUUAAUCAUGUACUAAUGAUAGCUUUUCGAUCAAAUUCAAUGUAUAUCAAUUUUGAUCCUUUGACAUGGGUCAAAAGUGACCCAAAUCCAAUGGAAAAUGGAUAUCUGGUGUCCCACACUGCACAUCAAAGGGUUAAGGAAAGUCAGCUUUAAGUUUUAACUGUGUCCAUCUUUAGUAUUUGACUUACCCAAACAUAAAAUGUAAAACAUGAUUUGCCACUGUUUAAUAAAAACACCAGUAUAUUGAACAUUAAAACACAUUCAACACAUCCAUACACUUUGUGUAACAAUUUGGAGGAAAGUACUGUACUGCCACAUUGUGGUAACACGCACCGAUCAGGCAUAACAUUCUGACCACUGACAGGUGAAAAGAAUAACCCUGAUCAUCUCUUCAUCAUGACUCCUGCUGGUGGGUUGGACAUAUUAAGCAUCAAGUGAACAUUUUGUCCUCAAAGUUGAUGUUAGAAGCAGGAAAAAUGGGAAAGCAUAAGGAUUUGAGCAAGUCUGACAAGACAACUGGGUCAGAGCAUCUCCAAAACUUCACCUCUUGUUGGGUGUUCCUGGUCUGCAGUGGUUAGGAUCUAUCAAAAAUGGUCCAAGGAAGGAACAGUGGUGAACCGCGAUAGGGUCAUGGGCGGCCAAGGCUCAUUGAUGUAUGCGGGGAGGAAGGCUGGCCAGUGUGGUCUGAUCCAACAAUCAAACUACUGUUGCUCAAAUUUGCUGAAGAAGUUAAUGGUUCUGAUAGAAAGGUGUCACAAUACACAGUGCAUCAGUUUGUUGCAUAUGGGGCUACAUAGAUAGACCAGUCAGGGUGUCCAUGCUGACUCCUGUGCACUGCUGAAAGACCAACAAUGGGCAUCAAAACUGGACCACGGAGCAAUGGAAGAAGGUGGCCUUGUCUGGUGAAUCAUGUUUUCUUUCAUAUCACGUGGAUGGCCACUCAUCUGCAGAGCACAUGUCACCAGGAUGCACUACGGGAAGAAGGCAAGCCAGCGGAGGCAGUGUGAUGCUUUGGCUAAUGCUCUGCUGGAAAACCUGGGAUCCUGCUAUCCAUGUGGAAGCUACUUUGACACGUACCACCAACCUAAGCAUUGCUGCAGACCAUGUACACCCUUUCAAGGAAAUGGUAUUCCCUGAUGACUGUGGCCUCUUUUAGCAGGAUAAUGCACCGUGCCACAAAGCAGUAACGGUUCAGGAAUGGUUUGAGGAGCACAACGAUGAGUCUGAGGUGUUGACUUGGCCUUCAGAUUCCCCAGAUCUCAAUCCAAUCGAAUAUCUGUGGGAUGUGCUUGACAAACAAGUUGCUAGCAUCUUGAUGCCAGAAACCACAGCACACCCUUAGGGGUCUAGUGGAGUCCAUGUCUCGAUGGGUCAGGGCUGUUUUAGUAGCAAAAGUGGGACCAACACAAUAUUAGGCAGGUGGUCAUAAUGUUAUGCCUGAUGGGUGAACAUCCAUACACUGGUAUAACGUUAGUUUGGAAAGAAGUGUUAACAAUUUGAACAAUGUCUAAUUAAGGCAGAUUUAACUCACUAUUGUGAGGUGAUUGUGAACUGACAGACUUGGGUGGAUCUUGUGUAACUGGGAGUCAUGUUGACAAUGCUGAGGUCUUAGGGUUUUUCCCAUCUUCAAUCAUCAGGGGUCUUCUGCUUGACUAUCUCUAAUUUGCUUGAAAUUUUUUUUAUUUUAAAUUGUCGUUAUUUAUUAUGGUAUCUGAAAUUUCAGACUGAGAAGUCAAGCACUUUCUGAGACGACCCUCCACCUGGACACCAGGUGUUCCUGUCUUUUCUUUUCCAGAGCUGAAGGAGGGUCGUCAGCUGAUUGAGCCAAACCUGGGAUCCACUGGAUCAGCUGCAUAAAACCUCCCUCACUUCCACUCCAGCUCUUUCUCUCUCUAAGGAACUGCUUUCUCCAGGAGCACCAGCAGCAUGGUCUGUGGGUUUCUGUUUGGGAA